AUGAUACUGGGUAUCGGCAUCGACAUUCUGUCCAUCGCGCGCCUCGAGGGCCUCAUCCAGCGGCGUACGGCCCGUCGCUUGGCGGAGCGGAUAUGCACUGCUCGCGAGUAUGCCGAGUUUAGCCAGCUGGACCACCCAGAGCCGUCGACGCUGUACACCAAGCAGGUCCGCUUCCUGUCGUCGCGAUGGGCAGCAAAGGAAGCAGCGCUCAAGGCUCUGCCCCCACGCUCGCUGCGGAGCUGGCGCGACCUCGACCUGUCGUACGCGCGCGACGGGCGGCCAUACCUCGCCCUCGUCGCGGGACCGCUGUACGAGUCGACGGCCUCGAUCUCGACAUCGACAUCGACAUCCGUCGCUAGCGAGCUCGAGCGGGCUGCAACCGAAGAAGAAGCGGCGACAAGACCCAACGCAGAGUAUCCACAGCCCCCAGCUCCGCCUCCACGGCCAGCACGCCCACAAGCUACACCGCCCGGCCGCGCGAGCAUCCUCGCCGCGGCCGCCGCCGCCGCGCACAGUGUCGUUCCGCCCAAGAAGCCCGUUCCGGCUCCUGCGCCUGCACCUGCACCAGCACCAGCACCAACACCUCCAGUGGGUGGUGCUGGGAUUGGUCUGCUCGCGACCAUCUCGCAUGAUGCGGGUAUUGUGGUCGCGUCGGUGGUUGCGCAACGGGCAUGA